CUUUGAAUGGUGCUCACCGUGUUCUGUGCUACUCCGAAAAACUCGUUUUAAAGUGCAAAAGCAUUUUUCAGGUGCUUCUUGCAAACACAUUUUCAAUAAAUGCUAUAUGAAAAUCGCGUUAUUGGCAAUAUAUUUAGCUUAGCUUAGCGUUGCAAGUUGAACAUUAAAGUGUGUACAUAGUUUUUUUGUGUUAAAGCAGAAUAUAAGAAAAAAAAAUAAAACUUCCGCAAUUGUGUACUAAGUUUGUUUUUCCAACGUUGAUGGCAAAAAUUAUUAAAGCGUAAAGUAAAAGUGUGUAUGCAGGCAUUUAGGAAAUUUUCCUAAAGUGUAGUGGCAUUAAUAACAUUUUAGUAGCUGUAGCUCACACGCUCAUUUCCUUCGUUCAACUUAAUCACAAUUGGCUGAGUUUUAUAAUAAAUGCACGCCAGCAAUCACAAACUUAUUGGGUCUACUCGUAUAACAUUACAGCAGCAGUUGCAGUAACAGCUAUUCAAAGCAAAAAAAAGAGCAAAUACUUUUGCAGCGAAAAGCAUUGACCAACGCAAGCGGUAAUUAAAUUGUAGCCAAUUUUGGCAUUUAAUUGAGAACCAUACAAACGGUGCGAUCAGUAAAAAGGCAUGGCGAAGUAGACAAACAUAGUAUUAUCAAUCAAACGCCCCCAGUACUUUAAUUGACAUAGAAGGCUGAUUAUAAUUGAACUGAGAAGUACUCGUACACCUAAAGACGUUAACUAAAGCACCAACAUUACAACUUAAACCGUAAAGCAAAGUCGUCAAGUACUCAUACACGUAUACUACAUAGUCCAAGUAAUAUACAAAAGUACAACAGCUGGUGCAGAUAAGUCACCAUACAUUAAAGUAUACGUUAAAAGAGAGUAGGAAGUAAAACAACAAAAACACACUCAUACAGGCAAAAAAUGCAGUGUGGACUGGAACAAAUGAAUGACUGCGAGCGCUCACCGAACCGGACCAAUCUUCGCGUCAACUUCAAUGAGAAGGGUGCUGAGGUGAAGGAGCGACGUGAAAAGUUCCUCACAGCAAAGUAUGGUUCACAUCAGAUGAGUUUGAUACGUAAACGUUUGGCGGUUGAAAUGUGGCUGUACGAUGAACUGCAGAAACUCUUUGAUCCACCGAGUGAAGCUAUCGAUGUGGAUAUAGAUGAAAUUCUAGAUAUGGACACCGAUGACAUAAGAAGAUCUCAUUUGAUACGACUGCUGUCAGUCUGUAAACGUCCACAAGCAGACAUAUCCAAAUUCAUCAGUGAUUUACUUGAUCGUGCAAAGACACUGUAAAUAAUUUGCGCCGGCGCAAUAUUUCAUUACUCUCAUAUUAAUGCAUAUAUACAUAAGGAUGAAAAAUAUAAGUUGUAAGUUUAGUUUACCAAAAAAACAAAAGGAAACUAGUUAUUUAAUUGAAGUAAUGUGCAGUUUAAUAUAAAAAAAAAAAAC